AUCACAUUCACAUACUAGUACGUAUCCAACCCACAAAAAAGAGACGAGAUGUUGGUGAGUUGGGGGACGCGCUGGCGCACCGGAACCAUAGGAGCGGCAGGUGUCGCCAGCUCGCCUGGAUGCCGCUGGCGUGGACAUGGCUGGCACGCGCAACGAAGACAAGUCGAAACCCGACGUGUCUAUCUCUUCUGGUGCCGCCGCCCAACACAGCCACACGCCGCUUUUAUAGGAGCCAGUGGUCGACGUGCUCGCUCGAGGCUGUGUCACAGUGUCAGUGCCGGUCUUACCGCGAGUGAAGUCUUCGUCAUGGAGGAGAUGAGCGCCGAGGCCGCGGCCAUGGCGAGCGGCAUGCUGCCUGGCGCCGGAGCUGGAGGCGCGGAGGGCACGACGAUGAAGGUGGUGGUGGCGGUGGACGCGAGCGAGGAGAGCCUGCACGGGCUGUCGUGGGCGCUCGACAACGUCGUCCGGCACCACCCCGGCGCGUCCGUCGUCGUCGUCCACGCCCAGCACCGCGCCGACCACUUCGCCUACCCCGUCGCCGGGCACGGCCUACAGUACGUCCCGCCCACGGCGGUGGACUCCGUGAGGAGGACGCACGAGGACAACUCCCGGCGAGUCGUGUCCGUCGCGCUGGACGUCUGCAGGCAGAAGCAGGCGAGCGCCACUGCGGUGGUGGUGGAGGGCGACGCCAAGGAGGCCAUCUGCCGCGCCGUGGAGGACAUGCACGCCGACCUCCUCGUCCUCGGCAGCCGCGGUCUGGGCAAGAUCAAAAGGGCGUUUCUGGGCAGCGUGAGCGACUACCUCGUCCAUCACGCCUCCUGCCCGGUUCUCAUCGUGAAGCCGCCCAACAAAGCGCACCACAAGUGAAGCUCCGUCUCUGCUACUGUCGUCUGGUAGUUUGUAUGGACUUCUUGUCUGAAUGUCUCAAGUGCUUCGUGCUUCCAAUUAAGAUGGGAUCGAGCUCAUGUGCAGUACUCAUCUUUUUCUCCUUUUUUUGAGAAUCAUGUGCAGUACUCUAUGUAGGGAAUAAACUGCUGUAUGGCGCCAAGCACUUGUUGAAAAGUUUAAUAUUGCUCA